UUCUCUUUCUUUUGUUCCGUUCCCUGCUAAAACUUCAGUGCAGUAACAACAGCAGCAGAGAGGGAGAUCAAAGAUGCAUUCCUUCGGUUACAGAGCCAAUGCUCUGUUGACAUUUUCCCUUACGAUUCUAGCUCUAAUGGCUGCCAUGGCCUCUUUUUCAGACAAUUUCAACUCCCCUUCCCCAGCUGCACAUGUUCAGGUUUUGAACGUAAAUCGAUUCCAGAAUAGACCCAACGGAGACGACGAGAUUGGCAUGACACUAAGCAUAUCUGCAGACCUACAAUCAUUGUUUACAUGGAAUACCAAGCAGGUCUUUGUAUUUUUAGCUGCUGAAUAUGGAACUCCAAAAAAUGCCAUGAAUCAGGUGUCAUUGUGGGAUGGAAUCAUACAAUUAAAAGAAGAUGCAAAAUUCUCUACAAAAGUUAAGAAUAAGUACAGGUUCAUUGAUCAGGGAAGCAAUCUUCGAGGAAGGGAUAUUAACUUGACUUUACACUGGCAUAUUAUGCCAAAGACAGGGAAGAUGUUUGCUGACAAAUUGGUAGUAACUGGUUUUCAGUUGCCACACUCAUACAGAUGACGCCAACAAGAUUAUAUUUAAUUGUUUUUUAUAUUAUUUACUAAAACUAAUUAUACAUUAUUGGAAUAUUAUAUUAGAUAUAUGGAUUUUGGACUAAA